UUGAGAGAUAAUACAGUGACCAUGGAACCUUAGUUAUUUAGACGACUGGUUCAGUUUCACUGGGAACAAAAUUAACUGCUGCACUGACAUUUAGCAUGGCAACCGCCGUUAAACGUUAUCGAAGAAGAACAUUUAGUAUGAAUGGAAACUGGAUGUGAAUGAGCUUGCUAUCAUUUUGAGUGGACCGGUGAAUGCUAGUCAAUUUAAUCUGGGGAUAUAAACCAUACUAAGUUAUUUAAAUAUAAACAGUUGUAUCUUCUGAAUAAAGACUGGAAGGCGUGUGAACGGGCGGCUGUUCAACCAGUGAGUCCAACUAGCAACACAUGUUAGCUUGCUAACUUUAAAUAGAGACCAAGGCCAGAAUAAAGAUGGAAACAAUACUUAACCUACCAAUCGAAAAUAAGAUAUUUUAUGCUGUUCUGGUGUUCUCAUGGACGGUGUAUCUAUGGGAGGCCUACCUUGCCUACAGACAGCGGAGAAUAUACAGGUUGACCAUGCACGUACCACAAGAGUUGGGAAAGAUCAUGGACACAGACACCUUUGAGAAGUCACGCCUUUAUCAACUGGACAAGAGCAACUUCAGUUUCUGGUCUGGACUGUAUUCAGAAACUGAGGGGACGCUGAUCCUGCUGUUUGGCGGAAUCCCUUUCGUUUGGAAAGUUGCUGGGACAGUGACUGCUCGUUUUGGAUUGGGUCCAGAGUAUGAGAUCUUCCAGUCUCUUUCGUUUCUGAUACUAGCAACCCUGUUCAGUGCAUUCACUGGUCUUCCCUGGAGUAUCUACAACACAUUUGUUAUUGAGGAGAAGCAUGGCUUCAACCAGCAGACACUGGGGUUCUUCCUAAAGGAUGCUGUAAAGAAGUUUAUUGUGACCCAGUGUAUCUUGUUGCCUGUGACCUCACUGCUCCUCUACAUCAUCAAGAUUGGUGGAGACUUCUUCUUCAUCUACGCCUGGCUCUUCACACUGGGUGUCUCGCUUGUUCUGGUAACCAUCUAUGCGGACUACAUUGCGCCCCUAUUUGACAAGUUCACCCCUUUGCCAGAGGGUGAGCUGAAGGAAGAGAUUGAAAGCAUGUCGAAGUCUAUCAGUUUCCCUCUCACUAAGGUCUAUGUUGUAGAAGGUUCCAAGCGUUCCUCUCACAGUAACGCUUACUUCUAUGGGUUCUUCAAGAACAAGCGCAUAGUGUUGUUCGACACCCUGCUGGAGGACUACUCUCCCCUCAACAAGGACGGCGAGCCAGAGAUUGACACACUAACCGAGGACAAAUCCAAGCUCAAGAACAAGAAGCAAGGCUGCAACAAUCCAGAGGUCUUGGCGGUGUUGGGCCACGAGCUGGGCCAUUGGAAGUUGGGCCACACUGUGAAAAACAUAGUAAUCAGUCAGAUGAACUCCUUCCUGUGCUUCUUCCUCUUUGCUGUGCUAAUUGGACAGAAGGAGCUGUUCAUGGCCUUUGGUUUCUAUAACAGCCAGCCCACUUUGAUUGGGUUGAUGAUCAUAUUCCAGUUCAUCUUCUCCCCAUACAAUGAGGUCCUGUCCUUCUGUCUGACUGUCCUGAGCCGCAGGUUUGAGUUCCAGGCGGACUCCUUUGCGCGGGGCAUGGGUCGAGCCUCGGAGCUCUGCUCUGCACUCAUCAAGCUCAACAAAGACAACCUGGGCUUCCCUGUGGCUGACUGGCUCUUUUCCAUGUGGCACUACUCCCACCCUCCCCUCCUGGAGCGCCUACGGGCCCUGGGAAGCACCAAGCAGGACUGACGAGUCCCAAAAGGAGAGCCACGCCCGCUGCCUCUCCCAAAGGGUCUCCACAUGCCUCUUCUGGCACUCUGAUGUAGUCUCCCCUAUUUUCCUCUCUGUUUCCCUAUUUUUGUUCUCCUUUAUCCUUGCCAUUAUGUUCCUUUUUUGGUUCAAUUUUUUUCCCAGUUUCAAACUUGCACAAUACCAGAAGUUUUCAGAAAUCUA